AUGGCCCAUUCGUCUUCAUCAGAGUCCUCGCGCUCUGGAUCCGAUGGUGAUCUUGAGCCAUUUGAUCCUUGUACGCAUGUACUUCCUGGACCAUAUAGGUGGGAGGUACUCCAUAAGAGGACACAUCGCAGUCACGUUUCACAAGUUGUGUGGAACGAGGAUACGGUCAAGGGGUUAAAGACGAGGCGAGGGAAACUUCAGGGGGGACCCCAUCAUGAUGAUAUACCAGACGUUGUCGCUGACUAUUUGACACAGGCUGGGUUCAUACACGUGGCACGUAUGAGUCAUGUUCAGAUCGAUACCCCCUUGAUCUCUGCUUUGGUUGGGCGUUGGAGACCGGAGACACAUACGUUUCACAUGACGCAGGGAGAGAUGACCGUUACAUUACAGGACGUGGCUGGUAUACUUGGUUUGCCUACUGACGGGCAGGCAGUUACCGGAUCUACAGCGUUGGAUUGGAUUGCUAUGUGUCAGCAGGUUUUUGGGACUGCCCCUGUUGCGGGCACAGACAUUCAUGGAGGCGAUCUACGUAUUUCUUACUUAGACAAGAUAUAUGUUGAUUGGUUUACAGUAGCACACAAUCCAGAGGAGGUGAGGCGUUACACCAAGGCACACAUUUUGCGGCUAUUAGGCUCAUGGGGACUUUACGGAUAUUGGCGGAUACAGUUGGGGGUCUGCGAUUCUCGCCCAUCUCUUUAG